GCUAAUUGACCGGCGUCAGCGUCCUUUUACCGACUGGUUACGAAAACAUUUACUUUCAUGAUUAGAACAGUAUUUGGCUCAAAAGUUUAACACCGUCAACCCCCCAUGAAACCAUUACACGACAAUCUGUAUCAAUAGUUUUACCGGAUAGUUAGCUAAAAGCUGUCCGGGUCAGGAGACGGUCACGUUGUAUCUACGCGGAGUCGCGCUGCGGGGGAGGCGGCCUCGGCCAGCACCUCCCUCCACCUCCCCUCCACCUGCCUCCACCUCCCACCCGAUAAAGCAGGAAGAUAACUUGACCGAAACCCGUCUAGGUAGAAAUGAAAACACGGCACGACAGCUCGUGGGAAAGCUCGGCUUAGCGGACAGACUAUAGACGGAGAGACACUCACUACAAGGACAUAAAGCAGUUGGGCAUUUUAAACUUUAGCGUCAUCGGCUUUGUUAGUUUCCGUCCGCUGCCGCGGGAGGAACCGCGUUUAGCUCGCCGCGUUAGCCUGUCUGCUAACUCCGCCGUCCCCCGCAGCCCUCUCGCCAUGGGCUCCAAGGCGUCCACGCUGCUCCGAGAGGAGGAAAUCGAGGAGAUCAAGAAGGAGACUGGCUUCUCACACAGCCAGAUCACCCGCCUGUACAGCCGCUUCACCAGCCUGGACAAGGGGGAGAACGGCACCCUGAGUCGGGAAGAUUUCCAGAGGAUCCCGGAGCUGGCCAUCAAUCCGCUGGGGGACCGGAUCAUCAACGCGUUCUUCCCUGAGGGCGAGGACCAGGUGAACUUCAGGGGCUUCAUGCGGAUUUUGGCUCACUUCCGACCCAUUGAGGACAACGAGAAGAAGAGCGUCGCUGUCAGCGAGCCCCUCAACAGCAGGACCAACAAGCUGCUGUUUGCUUUCCGUCUGUACGACCUGGACAGAGAUGACAAAAUCUCCCGGGAAGAGCUGCUGCAGGUCCUGCGGAUGAUGGUCGGGGUCAACAUCUCUGAUGACCAGCUGGGCAGCAUCGCUGAUAGGACCAUUCAGGAGGCCGACACCAACGGCGAUAACUCCAUUUCCUUUAAUGAAUUUAUUAAGGUCUUGGAGAAGGUGGACGUGGAGCAAAAAAUGAGCAUCCGGUUCCUUCAUUAAAUAUACUUUUUUUCAAAUUAUUAUUUUGAGUUCAGUUGAUUUCAGCUGGUCAGCAGGCCGCCGUCAGACCAAGCGUCCGCUAUCCUGUCACAGAUCUUAAGUUUCUGUAAACAAAGGGAAACGUUUGGUGCCUUAGGUUAUUUAUGCAAAGUCACUAUGAAUUAGUUUUUUCCCUCAUUAAUGCAAAAUUAGUCAUUAGAAAUGUUUUUAGAGGGUCGCAGUUGGUAUUCCUGGUUUUCCUCCAAAUGAAAAUGGAUUCUACAGCACGGUACGGUAACUGAGUCACUUUAUUUCCAGUUUACUCCCUCUGCUUAAUGAUAAAUGGCACAUGGUGUGUCCUGGUCCGUGACCAUAUGCGAUGAUUCAACUUUAUAACAGUGUUUCAAUGCUAACGGGAUCACUUGACUCCGCUGACUGUGCCCUGGAGCAAAGCGGGACCGGCUGCACGCGGCUUUGGUUCCCUUUUGUCGGUUCUCAUCACACCAGUUAGCCAAUUGUUGGACUUGAGCCAAAGUGAGUUUGACCCUCUUUCAAAGCCGGUCGUCACCACGGAGUCAACAUGUGUAGAGUGUGAUAUCUAAAGAAAUCAUUAUUAUUAUUUUGUCGUCAAAAGAUGCUGCUAUCUCUUUGGCUAGUGUGUGUGCUUCUGUAGCACAUGGUCUUGCUUAUUGGCAAAAUGCUAUGCUAGGAUUUAGCUGCCACUGUGGCCUGCUGUCCAGAUUCAGUCUUAAAGGCCUGGCUGACGGCGUCCGGCAUCGGGAUCGAAUUUGUGCCGUGGAUUAGAUCAGUUGCACACCUGGAACAGGUCAACCCGCUAUUAAUAAUAAGCCGAUGGUCUAUAUAUUGCAUCGGUCUUGUAUGUAUACGCUGCUUUCAACAUUUGUCUAGCCAAUACUUUCCCCAUCGAAUAGUUCAAGAUGCUAAAAUGAAUCAAAUGCUUUAAAACCAUUUUAUUUUCAGGCCAGUGUACAAUAAUUCUGCAACUGGAUGACCGUUUUUAAUCUUUAAUGUGAGUGCUAAAUCAUUACAAGAACAGCCUCCAGCAGUCGAGUGCAGAAAAUACAAUGUGACUGUUCUAUUAAUCAUUAUGUGGUUAUCAAGCUGAUGUGAUUCACAUGCUAUGUGAUGUUGGUCUUUGUAUUAUCAAACUGAUUCAUAUAUUUUAUUUGAAUAAAUGAAGUGCCAUGCCUA